UUCAUAUGAAAUUCUGCUGUCCAUCUUACGUUCCCCGGGCAACAUCACACAGACACCAGCUACAUGAAUGCGCACGUCAGGCCGGCCAGCUGCGUGCGCGUCAUUGAAACGGAGCGGGUGCGAGUCUAAAACAAACUUACUAGAGUAGCACAUUUGAAAAGUGGCUUCAGUCAGACGCGCGGCUCUGUGUGUGUGCAGUCAGAACAACUUCUUAGGGGAGAACUGCAAGACGAGAGUGUGUUUACCAGUCUUUAAACGUAUAGGUGACAGUUUCUUAUUUUACAUCCAGAUGGAUAACAAAACCAUUCUGAGUAGUUUACAACGAGACUGAUAUGUCAGUAAACACCGGGAGCGGAUGAAAUGCGGAUAAAAUCAUGGAAUUUCUGGAAGUGAUAUUUUAAUACUGGAUGAUUCUUAAUUUUGGAUUUGGACAACAACACCUGGAUUUAACUCUAGUGACUUUUAAAUCUUAUGAGCUGAUGGAGUAUUUUCCUAAAUCAUUUCAAGUUCGUUUACAGCUCGCUUAACCCAAAGACGGCCAGUUUAUCAAGCGCGCUCUGUUUGCGGAACUGGCAAAUUAAAGCGCAUCUUGCCGGUAUGGUACGCCUGCUGAAUUGCCUAGUCUUGGGGUAUUUGACAUGGAAUCUGCGAAUAUCUGAUGCCCGGGGAGAGUACUGUCACGGCUGGCUAGACAGCAGUGGGAAUUACCAUGAGGGCUUUCAGUGUCCGGAGGACUUUGAUACGGCGGACGCGACGGUGUGCUGCGGGAGCUGCUCGCUGCGCUACUGCUGCGCUGCCCCGGAUGCGCGUCUGGAUCAGGGAACCUGCACGAACGACAGAGAAGUGGAGAACAACACGCAAUAUGCUGCCCAGCCCAUCUAUGUGCCCUUCCUGAUGGUGGGCUCCAUCUUCGUGGCAUUCGUAGUGGUUGGUUCUCUUGUGGCCGUGUACUGCUGCACCUGCCUGCGACCCAAGCAGCCCACACAGCAGCCCAUUCGCUUCUCACUGCGCAGUCAGGGUGAAACCAUCCCCAUGAUCCUCACCACAGCUCCUCCCAGCCUGCGCACGCCGUCACGCCAGUCCAGCACGGCCACCACCAGCUCCAGCUCAGCGGGAGGAGGCAGCUCAGUCCGUCGUUUCUCCCUUGGCCGGGGUGACGGGCUGGGACAGUGUUCGCAACAGCAGCUCUUGAUGGUCUCAUCAUCCACGGCCUCCACUCCUGUGUCCGUGGCUCCGACGCAGCCUCUAUUGCCUCCGCCUCCUCCCCCACCCUACACCUCCCAGCAGGCCCUGCAGGGCCAGCACACGCACGCUCACAGCCAGUUACAGCUGCACCACCAGACCCUGCAAAGCUCCGGGUUCCUCCUGCCACAACAGUACUUCUUUCCCCUGCCGCAGGAACCGUUCUCCACAAACAAGGGCUUUGCUGACUUCAGCCAGAGCUGACCUGGGGUGCUGCUCAAAAGGAAACGGACACCAAAGAAUCUGUCGUUCACAAUGCCGUUGUUGUAGACUCACAUUACAGGGGCUCCCGUUCAAGGAAAUAGGCACUAAUGUGUCUUUCAGCAAGCUCGACUGGCACUUGUGAGACCGCAGCUGGAAUUUAAGAUGGUGAGAUAGUUCACUAUCAAUUUGACAGACACUCAAGUGCUGGAUGGAACAUGGACGCCUACUUCAGAGCACCUAAAUCUACAUCUGAUCAUACCUCGUAUGCACUUUCAGUCUGCUUAUUUGAUGAUAGACGUCUAAUUUUUUAAAAGUCCACAUGGUCAGUGAACAUUUAGCCUCUGUAUUUGAGAAAAUUUGAUAUAUACUGUAUAGACAUUAAAAAGGAAGGACUGAAUAAUAUGACAAUCUGAAUCCCAUUGUAUGAAUGGGGGCUUUACAGAAAAGAUCUUAUUUUUCCAAAGGGUCAGAUUAAAGGUUUAGUUGCCAGAUUGAGACAAAAAUUGUUAAUAAUGUUUAAAACAGGCAUUCAUCAUGCGUAUUCUUGCUUAUAAUACAUAGAGUAUCAGUCACAUAAGGAAAAGGUUAACAUCAUGUAUAGCAACCCAUGGGAAAACCUCUGUUUUUAAU